UGAAGGCGGGCGCGCGCCGCGACGGCGGCGGCGGGGAAGGCGGCGACCGCGGCGGCCGAGGGGGCGGUGGCCACGGGGCAGGGUCGCUGCAGGCGGAGGAGACGUGUGUGGCGGCGGCUAGGUCGCUGAGGAACAUCGUCGGGGUCAGUGACUAUCAUCUGUUCCACACGAUGAGUAACAGCCACCCUCUUCGCCCCUUUACUGCAGUGGGGGAAAUCGACCACGUGCACAUUCUGUCUGAGCACAUUGGUGCCUUGUUGAUUGGUGAAGAAUAUGGCGAUGUCACAUUUGUUGUGGAAAAGAAGCGGUUUCCUGCCCACAGGGUAAUUUUAGCAGCUAGGUGCCAGUAUUUUCGAGCAUUACUAUAUGGUGGGAUGCGAGAGUCUCAGCCUGAAGCCGAAAUCCCUCUCCAGGACACCACUGCAGAAGCAUUCACAAUGCUGCUCAGAUACAUCUACACUGGGCGGGCGACACUGACAGAUGAGAAGGAGGAGGUGCUGCUGGAUUUUUUGAGCCUGGCUCAUAAAUAUGGAUUUCCAGAGCUGGAGGAUUCUACCUCUGAGUAUCUCUGCACCAUCCUUAACAUCCAGAAUGUCUGUAUGACUUUUGAUGUUGCCAGUCUCUACUCACUGCCCAAGUUAACUUGUAUGUGCUGCAUGUUCAUGGACAGAAAUGCUCAGGAGGUGCUUGCCAGUGAAGGCUUCCUCUCCCUUUCCAAGACGGCACUUCUGAACAUCGUUUUAAGAGAUUCGUUUGCUGCUCCUGAGAAAGAUAUUUUCUUAGCAUUGUUAAACUGGUGUAAGCACAAUGCAAAGGAGAACCAUGCUGAAAUCAUGCAGGCUGUGCGUUUACCUCUGAUGAGCCUCACUGAGCUUCUGAAUGUUGUGAGACCUUCAGGGUUGUUGUCUCCAGAUGCCAUUCUAGAUGCCAUUAAAGUGCGUUCAGAGAGCCGGGAUAUGGACCUCAACUACAGAGGCAUGCUCAUACCAGAAGAAAACAUCGCAACUAUGAAGUACGGAGCCCAGGUUGUGAAAGGAGAGCUGAAGUCAGCCUUGUUGGAUGGUGACACUCAAAAUUACGACUUGGAUCAUGGAUUUUCCAGGCAUCCCAUCGAUGAUGACUGCCGCUCUGGCAUUGAGAUCAAGCUAGGCCAGCCGUCCAUUAUCAACCACAUACGCCUCCUCCUGUGGGACCGUGACAGCCGGUCUUAUUCCUACUUUAUUGAGGUGUCCAUGGAUGAACUUGACUGGAUCAGAGUUAUAGAUCACUCACAUUACCUGUGUCGGUCUUGGCAGAAGUUGUAUUUCCCAGCUCGUGUCUGCAGGUAUAUCCGAAUAGUUGGAACUCACAACACAGUGAACAAGAUUUUCCACAUUGUGGCUUUUGAAUGUAUGUUUACAAACAAAACCUUCACUCUGGAAAAAGGCCUAAUAGUUCCCAUGGAGAAUGUUGCAACGAUUGCUGAUUGUGCCAGUGUGAUUGAAGGAGUCAGCCGGAGCCGAAAUGCCUUGCUCAAUGGGGACACUAAGAAUUAUGACUGGGAUUCUGGCUACACAUGUCAUCAGCUGGGAAGUGGUGCAAUUGUGGUUCAGCUGGCACAGCCAUACAUGAUUGGGUCAAUACGGUUAUUACUCUGGGAUUGUGACGAUCGAAGCUACAGUUAUUACGUUGAGGUUUCCACCAAUCAGCAGCAGUGGACCAUGGUGGCUGACAGAACAAAAGUGUCCUGCAAGUCCUGGCAAUCAGUCACUUUUGAAAGACAGCCUGCCUCCUUCAUCCGAAUCGUUGGAACACACAACACAGCAAAUGAGGUGUUCCACUGUGUCCACUUUGAGUGUCCGGAGCAGCAGAGCAGCCAAAAAGAAGAGAGCAGUGAGGAACCGGGGACAGGGGACCCCAACACCCCCAGUCAGCAGCUCGACCCUCAUGCACUGCGAGCACCCAGCGCCAGCUCACUACCCCCGAGUCCGGGCCCCAACUCACGCUCACCCAACCAACAGCACCAAUAAAAAAGGCAGAGGACGCGGUGUGACUUGGGUGGGGCAGGAGUGUGCCCUCCCAGGCGGGCCCUAUGUGCAGCACCCUCCCCCAUCUCUAGGAGGAGCAGACCUGGCUGCAAAAGCCACCCCAACCAGGCUUUUCCCCCAGGGGACAGAAGGGCACCCAUAUUCUCCCCAGUCUUCAGGCAGUCUCCAGGGGGAGGAAGUGGGUCUCGAUUCUCCAAGUCCACCGUCAGCUCCUACCUCUAAUGUUACCAAGGUACCAGUGUAGAAGGAAUCUAGAGACAAGCCAAGCUCAUUACAAGAAGGAACCCUAGGCCUUGACAACCAGAAAAGGGCCCAGGCCCAAGUGUCCCCAUUGCCUUUGCAUUGUUACUUGGUGUUUUACAGCCGUGUAGUUUGUCCUCAGCUGCGGCGUCAUGGCUGCUGCAGCCUUGUAGAACUGCUCUAGCCCUCUGCAGCCGCAAGGGUCCUCCUCAGUCUGCAGUGCCUGCAGGCGGGCAGAGCAGAAGCUGCCCCUCCUAAACCACAUCAGAUGUGGCUCAUCAUGGCACUGAGCCUGACCAGGAAAAUCCUCCAAGUUCAACCAGACACACAAUGUGCAAACCAGUCUUUGGACACUGGAGUUCAUAAUUGAUCGGAUUGUCACUUUAUUAACCUGUCAUUCCUGACGGACGCACCUGCCAGCCUGGGAGGCAGCCUGGAAGCAGAGGCUGUGCCAGCCGCUGGAGGACCACCCAGAAGCCUGGGGACAGACGCUGCCCAGUCCUAGGCUGACUCUGCGGGCCUCAUGGCUCGGCUGCGCUUGUUCAGCCAACAAAUGGGGUGUCAGGAGCACAGGCCUGGGUAUGGUGAAGAGGAGAUUCUUAGGGGCCUCCAUCUUUAACUGCUGCAGCUCCACGCAGCUCCCACUGUCACGCCCAUGCAUAGCUCCUGCCUCUGCACCACCCUGUUGCAUCCUGAGGCCCCAUGAGGUCUCCUUAGCACUUCCUGUGAGCGUGUUCAGAGAAGGGUAGAGCUUCAAGGAUGGGUCCUGCUCUAGAAGUGAAAGGGUGAGCCAGCCAGCUUUCUCUGAGUUUGACUUAAUUGGAAUGGGUUGUCCACACUGAAGAGCUGGCAGCACGAGACCUCAGGCUGCAAUAGGGGUCAUCUUCCUGUGCAUUCAGGCCUAGGUGCAGAGCUGGUCCUGGGGGAGACUAGUCCGCAGUCCGAACCUCUGGCUUCACGGCUGUGGUAUGGCUGCCUCAGGGAGGAGGCUCCCAUGUGUGAAUAGGGUGCAGCCAUUGUGGGGUGCUGCCAGGCAGCCUGGAGAACUGUCCACUCAGCAUCUCUACAAGCAGCGCCCCCUGCCAGUGCACAAGGAACCUCAACCUGUGGAGGGUGGAAUCUCUUCCCUUGGAGGAUAAUGCAUGAGGGCUCAUUUGUCUUGUUCUUGUUCAGUUAUUUGCUUAAGAUAGUUCUUUUCUGUGUAGCCUAGGUUGGCCACGCUCAGGGCAAUCCUCCUGCUUCAGUGGGACUGAGUUGACAAGAAGCCACGUUGUCCACCCAAGAUGUCAACACUCACACCUAUCGUGCUAAGCACUGGGCAUGCGGUGCUCUUGGCAGCCCAUUCCCCACAUCCCAGACCCAUACCUUGUGACUUCCUUUCUCCUUAGGAUACUAUUGUGUAUUCAGGCUGUAAGACUAUAGACUCUGGUUCCCUUCUAUGUCGGCACUGCCGUGGUCCCCUCCAUCAAACAAGCAGGAGGGGAGAUGGGACAUGGAAGUCGCAGAUGCCAGUGGGGAGCGCUGAGAACUGUAGCAAGCCCUCGGUCACCUGAGCGGCCGCCGUGGCCGCCCUUGGGAAGCCUUUCUUAGAUGCCUGCUUAGGGUGCAGGAGGACACUGGCUGGCUUACCUCCCAUCAGACCCGGGAGCUCACCCUUGGCUGCUGGGCAUGCUGAUGUGUCUCGAGGCCACAGGCACGUCUAAGGUAGGUCCACAUUUCCAGAGGACGGAGCCUGAGCCUGGCUUGUUCCCUGCAGGAGUCUCCCCUGGGGCCAGCAGACUGGAAAUGAGACUGGAGUGUGAACAACAGGCAGGCUGGCUGGGACUCGGACGAGCCUGUGCACCCAGCACCUAGCACUGUACUGGUGGACUCUGACCCUGAGGACCCAUUGGGUGCCAAGGAGCCACAGUCAUAGGACAGGGGACAGGCAGUGUGAGCCAUUGCUCCCUCAGCCCUGCGCUCCCCGUAAGGUCAACAGUGUGUGAACAAGAGCAGAGCUUGGAGAGUAGCUGCUGCGUGAUGCCCCUGGCAGUGCCCGCUGUGAAGGGGCACCUGCUUCUGGGUCACCUGGUCAUCACACUCCUUUAGAUCAUGUCUUUAGGAUGGCAGAUGUCCGCACUGGGGCUUUUGGAAGAAGAGUUCAGGGUCAUCCACCGGGGCUCCUGGGGGACCAUUUGGGCUCUGUAGAGCAGCUUCAGGUGGCCCCACACUGGGACUGAGCAUCUCCUAAGCCCUCCGUACUUUUCCUGUUCUGCCUUUAUUGGAGUUCCCAGCCUGUUACAGAUGUGGGCCUUUCAACUGUCACUUUCCACUUUUAUUAAAUGAAGUGUUGAUUCUGGACAAAUACAAGUGUUCUGUUCCUAGAAGACUAGAAAGGGAAUUCUUUUCAGCGAGAGAGGGAUGUGUUCGUUGGGCUGAUUCCUUCCCCUUCCUCGUGAGUUUUGAAUUGUCUAAGAAAUUGCUCAGUAGUUAAGCCAUCUCCACAAUUGUCAGACCAGAGUGCACAGCUAACCCAGCCAAUCUCCAGUUCUUUCUAACUUAGAAGAUAACAGAAUUGUAAACAUGGCCUCUGCAGGGCCACAGAAAGAGGGUGAAAUCUACGGCCAAGGACUACAGACGUCCCUCUGGAUGGGCAGAGAACUGCCUCCUUCUAGGAAGUUCCUCGUUAGCUUUGCUCUGCUGUGUUACUGUCACCUUGCCCCUGCGUGGUGAAUGGAGCCUCGUAGUGCUGAGGUCACCUGGCACUGUGGGCACUGGCCAUGCUCUGGUUAUUUUGCAACAUAAUCAUUGAUUGAGUGUUUACCCUGACAACGGCUAUGGCAGGAGGGGAGCGCUUAUUAGCGGCCCUAGGCCCUGCAUGCCCUGUGCUACCAAGUGGAGCACCCAAUGUUAAGGUUUCUGGAGUCGCCAGGAGGGAGGGGAGUGGCUGGACUGGCCAUGGGCUGCUGGAAUGCAUCCAUCCCUCUGGAUGGGGCUUGGGCAUCCCUGGCAGUAGAUGAACGAGAGGCCAUGAGCUUGCGUGAGCUGCACUUCACUUCCCUAGGGUAAGGAAGAACCCCCUCCCCACCCCACCGUCUUUUCCUUGUCCUUCACUUUGAAAGAUGUACAGGAAUAAUGCUUGUUCCAGAAUAAGCUUCCAGUCUAGCCAUGGGCGGGCAGGGCACUGUGGCCUCACAUGUUCCUCUUCUGUCCCCACCCCUGCUUUCCAACCUCUGCCGCUAGAGGUCAAACUGAGUGGGGCUUCUGGACAGAUAGUUCCCACCCCCAACCAAGGACGCGAUCACCCCUGAAACUUGUGAUUAAUGACCUCUCAGUACCUGUCAUUUGCAGCUGGAAUAUUUAUAGCCCUGGGCAGUUAGCUGAGGUAGAGUGGUGGCCCGGAGCCACACACCUGUCCCUGCAGUUGUCUCCAGCCUCAGUCUUCCCAGUGACAGUGGUGCUUACUACUCUGGAGGUGGCAAAGCAGGGUGCCCAGCCCAGCACAGUGUAUACGCCUGAAAGUGGGGUACCAGCUGUGACUCCCAGGGGUUACAGCCAGAGACAAGGUAUGGUCAAAGCUGGGCUGCAACUGUGGAGUCCCACAGCCCCUGGUGGCUGCUUCAGACUCUGGGUCUCAGGAUGGCCUUCCAAACGUGGCCUGAGAGCUAGGAACCUCCUUAUUAGACUGGCCUGGGGCUAAUGUCCCCAAGGCCACUUUAUACCUCCAUAGCUGUCCCCAGUGCCUGGGAAAGCAAGGCGACUGGCUUGGGUUUUGCCUUUGGAGUGAGGGUGGGUGACAGCACCCCAUAGGUGGCAAUGGGUGGUGCCUGUAAGCCACUCUGACCAAAUUUGUGUGGACUGCAUUUUCCAGAGAAGAGGAGCCACCUCUCCUCCAUGGCUACCAUUCCUGAGACAGUGGAGAUCGCAAGUGCUGUCCCCGUACUCCUCCAAGGGUCUCUUGAAGGUUAGACGGGAUCGUGCUAGUCUUGGGCAUGGUUCUCUGAGGAAGUUCCCAUGGCAGUGUUUGGAUUGUGAUCCUGAGGUGGUAUGGCAUCCUUACUUGGCAAGCUGUGUUGCGACCCUCAGUUCACCGUGUGUGCAAUGCCACUGUGGGCUCACCGCAGAAAUAAAGCACUACUUCUAUGCCCGAGUUCAUUCCUUACUUUCUCCAUACAGGGCCCUCCUGGCUCCCCAUCACCCUGCCACAGCCCACCUCUGCUGGCUGCUCUCCAACUAUUUCCUGUGCCCUGAGGUCAGCCCGCCCCAGCACCACCUCCUUUAGGUUGGGGUGGCCCUGCCAGCUAUGUGGCACCUUCUCUAGUCACCCUGUGGCCUAACUGAUGCCAUUUUACCUGUCACCUUGAACACAAACUCACUUCUAGCUGCAUCUUUGUGACAGCUAGGAGCUGGUGACUAACGUCUCCUGCCUCAGCUCUCCAUGCCUGUCACCACUCAUGGGCCCUCUUCUCCAGCACCAAGGGA